ACUGAUUUUUAGGACACAUAGGAUGAAAUGACAUCAGACCAGUAUUUUCCCCACGUCAUCAUUGUCUGACUGACUGAUAGGUUGUCUAUCCCACUAAAUUACUCGUGAAUUAAGAGGCCCGAACAAAAAAUAUUUGAGUUCAUUACAUUGUUAUUUUCUUUCUUUUGCUUACUACGUACAUAUUAUAUUUCCGAAUUUUAAUCAUCGAAUAUUUAAUGUAUAAAACAAACCUAUCGAUAAAAGAAAUAUCCAGUAUCUCUCGUCUUAGUCUACCAGAACACUAUAUUUGGGAUUAUAACUAUGCCUCAGUGUUGUUUCGCUGGUUGUCACAAUCGUACUGACGAUGGACGUGGUCUCAGCUUUUUCCGAUUUCCUCGUAGAGAUGCUGCUCGGACAGCAUCUUGGAUUAAAGCCUGUGGUCGAAAGGAGUUUGUUCCAUCUCAGCAUUCACGUGUUUGUUCCCAACACUUUAAAUAUGACGAUUUUGAACGAGACAUUCGUUCUGAAUUUAUGGUAGUCGGUCACAAAAGAUUACGUCUAAAGGAAACUGCUAUACCUUGCCCAUCUUAUGUCAACUUACACCAGGAUAUGAGACAAUCAGAGGCAAAUAAAACGCAAUCUAAUUCUAAAAGAGGAUCUAAUGCCAAUAAUGAAACAGAACAUGAAAUAACGUGGGAAAACUCGAGUUCAUUUAGCUUGGCUGCGGAAGAGGUUUUGGAAGAGUGUUCUUUCGAAACAAUGGAGCCUCCUGUGAAGAGGCAAUGCUUUGAUGAUGUCCUAGAUUUGAGCCGCAAAUCAGUUCGUACUGACAAUGAAGUUGAAAAAAUUUCUAGCAAGAAUGAUGACGAUGUUAUCUUGUUAAGUGAGGAUGAGGAUGAUCGUAUGCUUGGCGCUUUGUGCGACGAGAUGGAAAAAGAAAAUGCUCCGAAACAAUCCCUUAUGUCGAAAUCACGUGCCCUUCUUUUGAAGUUGGAGAACGAGCUGAGGAAUGAGGAAAGCACUUUGAUGUUGCUACAGCAAUUGCGAAAUAAUCAGCGGUCACAUGCCCUUCAACCAAAGGGUGCUAAGGUAACAUCAACUGGGACACCUACAGUACGAAAUACACAGUCUCCUGUUAACCAAGUCCGGCCAGCAAGUAACCAACCUCCUGGACGGAAUGGCCCAUCUACGACUGGUGGUAGAGCAACGCAGUCUCCUGCUCAGAAUCCUACCGUUCCUAUCUCAUCAAAUAACACAACAGUACCCAAAGUUACAAAGGGAAUGGCCAUACAUGCUCUUGAACAGCAGUGCAACGGCAAGAAGGCGAUGCUACGGAAGCAGUUGGAAAGAACUCUAGAUAAGGUCGUUCUACCAAAACCUGCAUUAGGUAACGGACUGUCUGUGGUACCAUUUGUACCCAGCACCUUAACAAACGAGUUUACUGCGUUGAUAGGCCUCGAAGAAAUCGUAAAUACCAUACAGGAUUUUGAUCCUCUAAACACCGAGAAAAGUUCUGAUCAAUCUCGAUUCGUUAACCCUUUUUCAUGUUCACGUUGCGGUGCAGACUUUACACCUGUUUGGAAACGUAAGCGCCCUGGUUCGUCUGAAGUUGUUUGUGAAGCCUGUAUAAUUGAUGGUCAACGUUCUGUCAUUCAUAAGGCGUAUAGUAGUGUCGUUUCAGUGGCACUUAAACAGCAUGCUGUUUCUGAGCGUGAGAUUGAGCAUGAAUACCAAGAUGUUGUCAAUUCGCCUGCUAAAUUGGAAGCCUUCAUUAAGGAACACGAGCGCAAGCUUUUUGUCACCCAACAAGCUCAGAUUGCACAACAACAGCAGCAACAAAUACAACAAGUUUCUUCAUCUGCCAGCUUGCAUACUAAUCAGCGAUACCAUCAACAGCAACAAGGUUUCCAGUCCCAGAAUACAUUCAACAAUGCCGGUAGCUCAAGGCAUGGACAAUCGAACGCAGUUAACACCGUGGCGUCAACUCAACUGGGAAUGUCUAACGUGUCUUCUCGCCGACAACCAGCAUCUAAUAAUGCCAAUGUUAAUUCUCCUGCUUCUAUACCUAUUCAGCAGCAAGGGCACUCGACGGGAAAUGUCGUCCAACAGUUGGCUUCUCGCUAUCAGCAGCUUACGAAGGCUGCUGUUGCUGCUGUAGUUGGCGGAGGUCAAAACCCAGUCAAUCAUUCUGUUGCUAGUAAUGCGGCUACUGCUAACUUAAUGAUGGCUGCUGCAGCAAAUCCUAUGCUUGCAGCAGCUGCGGUAUCAGCAACUAGCCAACAGCAACAAUCAGUUGCACAACAGCAGUUAACAGCUGCUGCAUUAGCGCAGCAGAGGUUGGCAGCGGUCGCGGCUCUCAACUUUCAGCAUCAACAGCCUCAUCACGCACAGCCUUCGACAGGAACAGUAGCACCCAAUUCUCCCAUAGACCACUUGGCCCAGUUUACGCAAAUGCAAACAUUAUUGAUGAGUAGUCUCCUAGGGAAUGCAGCUGCUGCCACUGGAGCACAAGCGACUGCUAACACAAGGCAACAGCAACAACAGCAGAUAUUACAACAUGCUCUUUUGCAGUACACCUACUUAUUACAACAGCAACAAGCUGCUGCAGCUGCUCAAGCUCAGCAGCAACAACAACAACAGAGCCAACAAGUUAAUGCUGCCGCCUUGCAACAGUUGAUGAGUGGAGCUGCGGGAAAUCCAACAGCCUGUAUGACGUUGCUACAAAAUUUAUGGGCUCUAAAUGCGGCGUCGAAUGGUGUAAAGAAGUAAUGUUACGACUGUCGUAGUUUUCCAGUAAAUUGUGACUUCACUCGUCGUGUUUUUGUGUAGUAAUUAUUCGUCGAAGCUUUAUGAUUUCAUUGACCAGUAUUUCAGUUUUGCUGUGCCUUAUUACCUCCAUUGCGUACAGCGCUCUUUGACACAAAAUAACUGGGAUCAUAUAUCUUAGGCCGUUGUUUUCAUUUUUCUACAUCUGAUUGUGGUUGAGUAAACAGACUUCAUCCUUUGAAAUCAUAUGUGUCAUUUCCGUUCUUUGCAUUGUAUAUAUUCCCAUAAAUUUGUAGCAUGGUUUCAGUCCCAUUAGCUUUCACAAUGCUACUUCUCUGAUCUUCAGUGAACAUAUCGUUUGUGUACUUGUAACAAACUUUUGCUUUUAUAACUUCAAAUGAAGUCUCUGCUUAUGUUUUUCUCACUACCUUUCGUAAUACUUAUGAAACAGGAUAUUCAGGCCAUCCC